AUGAAAAAACUUCAAACCACAUUACUACUACUACUAAUACUCAAUAUUCAUCGCUCCUCCGCGUGUAUUGGCGGAGGCGGCGGCGGAGCAGCGUGUUGUCCAUCAGCUGCUGCUUCAUGUGCUCCUUCGGUGCCUGUUUGUCCUGGUGGAAGGUAAUUUUAAUAGAGGUUUAUCUUUACUUUACAGUUAGUCUGUAACAUCCUUAUUAGAGCCCUAUUAUCUUAGCUCUAAGAUUACAUUAGCCCUAAUUAAUCUUGUCAUUUUCAGUUACGCCUCCUCCUACGCGGGUGGCUCCUACGCAGCUCCACAACAAAGCUACCCCCGCCCUCUACCAGCCCCAUCACCAAGUGGGUGUGGUGGUGCCUCGACCGGUUGUGGAGCAUCAGCUCCAGCACCACAAAUUAGUAUAAUCUCCCCACCUCUCGCUCAACCACCCCCACCUCCACCACCACCUCCACAUUACAUCUCCUCGCCAUCGUAUGCUCCGCCACCUCCACCACCCCCGCCGGCAUCGGCUCCAGUUGGCUCUAGUGGGUCUUAUGCUCCUCAGAAUCUACCGCCACCUGAUCCGGCUAGCGAAAUUGAGAACAGCUACGACGACUUCAGGGAGGAACAUACUAAUGGUGCUGGUGGGGUUUAUGGCAAACCAAACAGUUAUGAUCAAGGAUGUAAGUUAAGGACUGGGAAGGGGGGGGGGGUAAACUUCUAUUUAGGUUUGGGGAGGGGGUACAAAAAAAAAUUAAAUGUUCUAGCUAUAUUAAUAUCCACCCCCAAUAUUCCAGCAUAUUCCCCAUCAACCCCCGCCUCCACCGACUACACCGUGCAAGAGCCUCCGCCGCCUCCGCCAGCUCCGAUCGACCAGAAACCGAGCUAUGAAGGCAAAACGCCCGCCGACACCGGCUACACCUCCACCGUGGGCGACUCUACCGACGAUGCGGCCGCGACCAACAAUGUGAAUGUUGAAGUCGAUGAAGCAUCGUUGAACUGCGAGGAUUCUGAACUGCGGAAGAUCGUGGAGACGUCGCUUGUGUCAUCUGGAGACAAUUUGGAUGCGGCCAGGAAGAUUGAAUCCGAAGCUGCGGCCAAGUUCGGCGGCAGAUUCAAUUCGAUCGUGUCGAAUUCGGAAUUUGCAUAUGUGAAUUGGUAUGGCAAAAGAAACUGUCAGUUGCGUGUGAACGAUCGGCAUUCAUUAACGUGGGAGGAUUAG